GGUGAAAAACGCUCAAGAUCAUUCCAUUUAGAUGACCAAGAUGGACAUCCGGGGUGCUGUGGACGCUGCCGUCCCAACCAACAUUAUUGCGGCCAAGGCGGCGGAAGUCCGAGCGAACAAAGUGAACUGGCAGUCCUACCUUCAGGGGCAGAUGAUUUCCGCUGAAGACUGUGAAUUUAUUCAGAGGUUCGAAAUGAAAAGAAGUCCUGAAGAGAAGCAAGAGAUGCUUCAAACUGAAGGCAGCCAGUGUGCUAAAACGUUUAUCAAUCUGAUGACGCACAUCUCUAAAGAGCAGACGGUUCAGUACAUCCUAACCAUGGUUGACGAUAUGCUCCAGGAAAAUCACCAGCGUGUCAGCAUUUUCUUCGACUAUGCGAGACGUAGCAAGAACACUGCCUGGCCCUAUUUUCUGCCAAUGUUGAAUCGCCAGGAUCCUUUUACUGUUCAUAUGGCAGCAAGGAUUAUUGCCAAGUUGGCUGCGUGGGGAAAAGAACUGAUGGAAGGCAGCGACUUAAAUUACUAUUUCAAUUGGAUCAAAACACAGCUGAGUUCACAGAAACUGCGUGGUAGCGGUGUUGCUGUUGAAACAGGAACAGUCUCUUCCAGUGAUAGUUCUCAGUACGUGCAGUGCGUGGCCGGGUGCCUGCAGCUGAUGCUCCGGGUCAAUGAGUACCGCUUUGCCUGGGUGGAAGCAGAUGGCGUAAACUGCAUAAUGGGAGUUUUGAGUAACAAGUGUGGUUUCCAACUCCAGUAUCAAAUGAUUUUUUCAAUAUGGCUCCUGGCAUUCAGUCCUCAAAUGUGUGAACAUCUGCGACGCUAUAAUAUCAUUCCUGUUCUAUCUGAUAUCCUUCAAGAAUCUGUCAAAGAGAAAGUAACAAGAAUCAUUCUUGCAGCAUUCCGUAACUUUUUAGAAAAAUCGACGGAAAGGGAAACCCGCCAGGAGUACGCGCUGGCCAUGAUCCAGUGCAAAGUGCUGAAGCAGCUGGAGAACCUGGAGCAGCAGAAGUACGACGAUGAGGACAUCAGCGAGGACAUCAAGUUCCUGCUGGAGAAGCUGGGCGAGAGCGUCCAGGACCUCAGCUCAUUCGAUGAAUACAGUUCAGAACUUAAAUCUGGAAGGUUGGAAUGGAGUCCCGUGCACAAAUCUGAGAAAUUCUGGAGAGAGAAUGCUGUGAGGUUAAAUGAGAAGAAUUACGAACUCUUGAAAAUCUUGACAAAACUUCUGGAGGUGUCCGAUGACCCACAAGUCUUAGCAGUCGCUGCUCAUGACGUUGGAGAAUAUGUGCGGCAUUACCCACGAGGCAAGCGGGUCAUCGAGCAGCUCGGCGGGAAGCAGCUGGUCAUGAACCACAUGCACCACGAGGACCAGCAGGUCCGCUACAACGCCCUGCUGGCCGUGCAGAAGCUCAUGGUGCACAACUGGGAAUACCUUGGCAAGCAGCUGCAGUCUGAGCAGCCUCAGACUGCGGCCGCCCGCAGCUGAGCCUCGCCGGUCCGCCUUCCUGACCCCAGACUGCGGCCGCCCGCAGCUGAGCCUGUCCACCUUCCUGACCCCAGACUGUGGGCCGCCCGCCCCGCAGCUGAGCCUGUCCACCUUCCUGACCCCAGACUGUGGGCCGCCCGCAGCUGAGCCUCGCCUGUCCGCAUUCCUGACCCCAGACUGUGGGCCGCCCGCAGCUGAGCCCUGCCCGCCUGCCUUCCUGACCUGGGACAGACCCCUGGGGUGAGAGCCUCCUCCUUAGAGCAAGCAUAACUAAUUUUAGGUUUACUUUUGUUUCUUCUGUUGUGUAGCUUUUCCUGAUGUUAAUUUCCAAAAGAGAAAGCCUUUGCCCUUUGAGUUGUAUAAAAUGUAGGUGCCUUCUGUGCCUAAGAACAAUGUUACCGUUACAUUUGCCACUUGUAAUUUCUGUAUUUAUUGUUCUCUGGAAAUGAAUGUAGUUAUUAAAGGAUUCUCACUCCAGGUA